AUGAUUCGAAUCGAUGAUUCACUGUGCUUCUUACUCUCGAUGUGGUGUCUUCGCUGUUCUAUCGAGCCGGAAGUGGAGUACCACCCGAAUGGAGCAUCCUUACUCGACAAUCUUCUUUUAUAUAGGAUGGCUGCUGCUGGUAAUGACUCAUCCAGCGGUAGCAACUUGUUUUUCUCUGGACAACUCAUCCCGCAGAAGUCGGUGUCAUUAUCAGAUAGCAUGGAGUGCAACAAUAUUUCAAUAACCGCUGAAGAAGAUUUAACUAAAUACGAUGGCGAAUGA